AUGUCACCUUCACAGAUUCCGCGCAUGAGCUUCGACGACCCGCACUUCGAGAAGCUGCCGCCUGCAGGGAUGCACGCGCGUGGCAGAUGGGAUUUUGGGCGCGAUCAAGCGUCGGCAGAGGACAGACAGCAGCCGGCGUGGUUAAGGCGUGCCAAAGACCGGACGGGACUCACGCCGUUUGGGGGCGGCGCGUCGCAGGACCCGUUUGCAGAAUCGCCGUCGCUGCCGCCCGGCAAACCCGACAUGGCCAGCUUCAACGAGACGCGUAUGACCAGUGAAUUUGGAAACAGCUUUCUGGACGGCCGCAAACACGCAUACUUUGGAAACAAUGACCCGGUCAGGCCUACCAUCAGCGAUGAUGAUAUUGGCAAGGGUGCGUUUGGCCGGAGUGGCAACAUUGGCUAUUCGUACAAUCCGACUGGACGAUCUUCGGCGACCUACGGAGGGAUCGGUGAUGACGAGGGAAUCAUGGACACUGGCCCACUAACCGCGCUGCUGGCACGGCGUCUCGGCUCUCGAUGCGCACACGGUACACAACGGCCUGGCGGUGGCGCGUAUGACCCGGAUCUCGACUUUUGGCACAAGCGCAUACCGGACAGCCACGUAUUAACGGCCGGGUGCCAACAGCCACAAAUGUGGGCGAUGGCCCAGCACUCAAUGCUGCCCGUAAUACAGCUCACACUUUCGGCUGUUCCGCAACAUCCUGGCCAGCUGGGGUGGGUCGACAGGGACUACGACCGAGCGCGAGACGGUGAUACUGAUCGUGUCGAUCAUCAUCGGCACGAUCUACAGCGGCACGCGCGAAGCCAUCUUGCUGCCGCUGUCGCUUACCGCGAUUCAGCGCGCACCAUGACCGGGAUCCUGACAGGCCUUGCUAUGGUUGCGUUUUCUAUCAUUGCUAGUCACCUUCCGUCGCUACCACAUAUGCUGUCCCCUGGCCGUCUAUUUGGCGGAAUGCACAGCAGGCCUGUGGAUCCCAACGGACACAAUGUGGAGCAGACACUGAGGCACCUGUACAGUUUGCUGGAUACGCUGAAGACCAUCGCGAAGAAGAGCAGCAGGAUUCUCAGACAUCCAAGGCCGCAGGCGGCAGCGGUAGCAUCAAGCGCCAGGUGGAAAGGCUCGCGCGGGAUAUUGCCAGUGCGCAGGCCGAGGCGAAGCUGGGUCGUGAUGCGUGAGCUGGAGAAGGAGCUGCGGGAGCUGCUCAAGCCCGAAUGGCUCGAGACCGAUGGCGACGUAGCGUACGACAAUACGGACUUUGCGCUCCUGACAUCGCAGACGUACGAGGCAACGCCACGCGGGCUGUUCCAGAAGGCGCUGCGUGCAAUCGGCAUGACGUCGUCGCAGCCGCCCACGGCUAUAAUCGAUCCGAACACGCAUGUGGGCGAGUGCUGGCCGAUGCGCGGACCGUCGGGCCAGGUGGCCCUGCACCUGGGCCAGGUUGUGGAUCAUGUGGCCAAGAGCGUGGCCAUUGACUGGCGCAGCGCCCCGCGCAGCAUUGAGAUUUGGGGCUACGUGCUUGGCCAGGCUGCGCCGGCUGCAGCCUCCGACAACUCGGCGUUCGACAUUUACCCGGAAGAUUUUGCCGACGACAGUGAUGAGCCGGCCGAUGAUGGCGCUGCCGCCCCGCAUUCCACAGCUGCAGCCGAGUUCAGUGGCAUGCCAAUACCGCCGCUGGCCGACAGCAGCUCCGACUAUGGCAUCGGCGAACUCAAACUGCUGACCACCUACGAAUACGAGCC